GAAGGGUGGCUUCAUAGUGGUGACAUUGGCCAAAUAGAUGAUCGAGGACGAAUUAUACUCAUAGACCGGAUAAAACAUAUUUUUAAAUUGUCUCACGGGGAAUACAUUGCUCCAGAAAAAAUCGAGCAAAUAUAUCUUCAAGUUCCUUUAAUAGCCCAAUUAUAUGUGCAUGGAGAUUCAGUAAGAACCUUUCUUGUUGGUAUAACAGUACCAAACGUGGAACUAUUCAUACCAUGGGCUCAAAAAGUUCUCGGCGGCGGAGGAAAUAAAACUUUACAAGAACUCAUAAGUGAUAAGCAGGUUCGAAACGCUCUUGUACGUCAUCUGAAUGAGGUUGGUAAAAAAGCAGGAUUAAAAGGAUUCGAACAAAUUAGGGCUAUUUUUAUUGACACUGUUCCUUUCUCUGUCGAGAAUAAUUUGGUGACACCAACUCUUAAGCUUAAACGUCAAGCGAUUGGAGAGAAAUAUCGAAAAGAAAUUGAUCAAUUGUAUGCUGAACUUGAAGAUAAAAAAUCUCUU